AUGUCUGGCCCUGACCAUAAGCAUGGGUCCGAGGACGCUGAAGCGGGCCCAUCAAAGGCGCCAUACUCGCCACCGGCCUCCGUCGUACCUCCUCACACGGAAUAUGAUGAAGAGAAUUUCGAAUCCAUUGCAUCGAGUCUAGAGGCCAGAAGGACAGAAAGGAGUAUCUAUCACACGUUAUUGGGAAAGAAGGACAAAGUCAAAUCUCGAUUUGAGGCGCACAGAGCUCAGAGGGGCUACCCGGUGGACGACGGCGAAGAAGAAGAAGAAAUCGAGGAAGGUGUUCAGGAUCCGGUCAUACAAGAGCAGCGUCGGGACUUACGUCCGGCGACCCAUGCAGGCAUAGAGGCGUUGGAGGCUCAAGAUAAGGUGGACGGCAUAGUGCUGAUCAAAGAUGGGGAAGAGCUAAAGUCGAGUGAGGAAUGGACACAUGAAGCCGUCAAUAUGGCUCUUGAGAAACCAGGCUAUGUCUGGGAUGUCCUAUUUGAGAAUCAGCGAGGUAUCUUCCUGCUUGGCAAAGCAUACUUCUCCUCUCGAACAUUGCUCCCCGCCGACCCUUCACCUUUCACCCUCCCUUGCCGUUCACUGCCGUCAGCAUCGUCAUUUACGGUCUCAGAGCCCUCCAAUCAUUUGUCGAACGAGAGUACGAUCCGACGAACCAAAGCCGAUCGUUCCAAUGCUCAUACCUCUCAAAAGGAUAAAAAGAGAUCCAUCGUCACUGCCUACACCUUGGACACUUUUCAGACGCCGUCUCCAGCUUGGAAAUGGGUCACACCAUGGAUGGUCAACAUGAAAAAUGGGACAGAUGAAGCUGGUUGGCGAUAUAAUGUCUGGUUCAAAAAGACCGGUUGGAGGAGUCACGCCGGGUCAUUGGGAGCGAAUGGUUAUGUCAGGCGGAGGGAAUGGGUUAGGCUGAGGUGUCUGCCGAUGGAGGAAGAGAAGGACAAGACUCGAUCCCUCUGGACAGGCUGCGUCUGGAGGAAUGGGACGCUUGGCUGCAGACCUUUGAUGAUGCCGACAAGCGGAGGCUAG